UCCCAUCUCACACGAAACCCAAUCCACCCCACCUCUCUGGUUCUGCGGAGUUCUCCCUUCUCCCUGGCCAGGAGGAAACACGUCUGGAAUUGGGUGACACCUUUUGCCCAGACGUGAAACCCGCUAAUGCUGUGGACUAAUACCCUAGACAAGCUGAACCGCAUCCCUGUCGAGUUGGCGUAACCGACCCCCAAACGCCAGGCAGAUAGAGGAUGCUAUUGUCCCUGUGCUCACCCAGCCUCCCUCUCGGGACGCUCGAGGGGUAUAUAAAUCCAGGGGCCCUGGAGGGCUUAGGACUCUAUAGCCCUGUGACUGCUCAUAGGUUCCUGAAACCAAGCAAGAGCGGAAGGACCGAGGAUGAAGACUUUGCUGCUGAGUGCUGUUCUGGGGCUGGUCUGGGGGCUCCGGGUUGGAGCGGAAGUCGGCACCCAAUCGGACUUUGAUCAGAAAAAGUUUGCCGGGGCCUGGAACAUUAUUGCCGCGGCCUCGAACGACAAGGUGUUUCUUUCCAAGAAGGACUCCAUGAAGAUGGCAACCGCCAUCGUAACACCUGCAGCCAACGGUGAUCUGAACGUCAAAUUCGGAUUCCCUAAGCAUGAUGGUGGCUGCCAGAUUAUGGACACAGUUUUCGUCAAAGGAUCUGUGCCCGGCCAGUUCAGCGAUGCAGACUUUAACCAGAAGAAAAUCCACGUGGUAAAGACCGACUACAAGCGCUAUGCCAUCAUGUACAUGCAGGUGGAAAGGGAUGGCGUGACCAGCAACAUGCUGCAGCUUUACACCCGAGGCAAAUCCCUGAUUCCAGACGUGGCCCUCAAAAUGCAGAUGAUGGCUCCCAAACUGAAGCUCUAUCCCCAUCAGGGACGCUUGCUCCCCAAGACAGAUGUGUGCAUCAAAGCUCUUGCCCAGUGACGUUCACCUUCAUCUCUCUCUUGGGAAGCACUGCUGGAUCCUGCCAGAAUCAAACUCGGCUUCUCUCCUCAUCUCCUUCUGGAUCCCCCCAGUUCUCUCUCCCCCCGGGGGGUUUGGGGUCCUGCCUGAUUUCUGUAGGAAUUUUCCUCUCAAGGUGAAAUAAACCUAAGAUUAAUAUUC